GGCGGCGGCGGUCGGGGUGCCCGCGCGGCGCGCGCGCUCCUGGCUCGCUCGCUCUCUGCACGCACACGCGCUCCCACACGCGCACUCCCUCCUGGUCCGCCAGCUGCGCCGCCGCCGCCGCCCAGCCCCGCGGAACCCCGGUGGCAUCAUGUCUUCGCCUCCCGAAGGGAAACUAGAGACUAAAGCUGGACACCCGCCCGCCGUGAAAGCGGGCGGAAUGCGGAUCGUUCAGAAGCACCUGCAUGCGGGAGACACCAAGGAGGAGAAAGACAAGGAUGACCAGGAAUGGGAAAGCCCCAGGUGUGUGGACGCUACCCAACUGGAUGACCAAGGAGAUCUGCUGUGGAAAGAUAAGGAUAUGCCCAAGGUCAUUCCAGCAAACUCUCAGAAAGUCUGAAGGCUACUCCGCUGCCCACCAUCUCUUCUAGCAGCUAGUGGUCUUUUCCCAAAGUGCUGGGCAGGGAGAUUGUUGAGAAGAACACCUACAAUUCUACCUGCAAUUUUAAGUUCAGAGAUCUUUUUGGCAAUAGAGUACAUUAGUAGGCACUGGUUUCCACCCAAGCUCAUUUAAGAUGCAGGAGUCUCUGUGAUUUUCCAUCCCUGAUCAUCAUCUUAGGCUCAUGGUUUUACAAGGUACCAGGGAGUGCAGGAUGCUCAGCAGAGGCAUCGCUUCUGUGGGAUUAGCCUCUUCCCAACUUCCACCGCACCAGGAGUCUCAGAGCCAGGAAAAGGACCAUCCCCAGAGGAAACAUCUGGCCCCAAAUGUGGGAGCCCCACAUCUCCAGACUGGAGACACAGGGCACACCGACAGCCCUCACCUCGAUUUCUAGGCCAGAAAGUGGAGGUCCCCAAGGGCAGCUGCAAAGAAAGGAAAUCAGGAGGGAAAAGUACAGAGAGGAAGUUUGAGUCGGGGUAAAAACUGAUGACUCACUGCUACUAAAUUCGUUAUGACUUUAAGUAGAAAAAAAACCAGACUACCCUUAAAUGGAAAGGGUGGUGCCACUGGGCCCAAAAGAGAGGCUGCUAAAGAAUGGAAGCGUGUGUUUUCCUCUCCAGAGGGUCCAAGUGUGAUGGUAGACAGGAAAGAACGCAGACCUUCUCCAGCUGCCGCAAGGCAGAGGGGUGCGGGACCCCAGGGACCGUAGAAAGGAAGGUCCCUAUGGGCUGUGGAAUCCUUGCUUCUGGGAUGGUUAGGAAACCACCCCCCAGAGCUUGGCUCCGCCCACAUCCCUGGGUGACAGGCACUGAGAACCCAGGCCCCGGGCCCCAGAGAGCGGAAGGGCCCUGCCUCCCUGGAGUCCCUGAGCUCUGUCUGCAUCCCUAAGGGAGCAGAGCCAGAAAAGGGGAGUGUUUUGCCUGGGUCUUGACCUUGAUCCAACCCAGACUGCCCUGCCCUCUCCAUGAGGUCUUUCUAACUUCUUUUUUUAUCAUAGACCUUGUUUAUGACCCUGAAUUAAGCAAAUUAGGUGCACACAGUCCCUGAAAGCCAGCCUCCUCCCUCCGGUCUUCCCGAAGUAUGCAUAACACAUUUUUUGUCUGGGAGUGUCCAGAGCUUAGGGGAGGAGCCCUGGGCUCCCCAGGGUCCCAGGCACAGGCCUUCUGGGCACCUCAGGUGAAUCACUGGGCUUUGGCACCUGUUGGCAUGGCUGUAGCACAAGAUUUAUGCAUGUGUCUGCUUCUCUUUAAGGACUUUCAUGGUAAAAAUAAGAUGCUAUAAAAACGAGAAUCUGAAAGUUAUGGAAAGGAUUAAAAGCACAGCAUGAAUUAAUAACAGCCUCAUUCUUGUGUGUUUUCUGCUAAUGAGGCUGAAAGCUCGCCAGACACUGGAGGAAUUAAGAAAAGAGAAACCUAUCUGCAGGAAGCCCCCAGAGCCUGCCCGUGCUCACGGAGAUGGGCUAGUCCUGCUCGGCCUUGGCGGGAGGGCAGGUGCUGGGUAGGUGUUGAUAAAUCAUUUCAGUCUCAUAUAAGACUAGAGGUGCUGUGCUCUUCACUGCUUUUAAUUUACAGUUUCUACCAGAAACGACUGUCAAUCACUGUAGGGCAGCACCAGAAGUGGAACGCCCCGCUCCGGGGGCGCCGGACCAGCCUCACAGGUUCACUUCUGUGCCGUUUGUUUUCUUUUUCUUCCGCACCCAAACAAUGUGCCAUUUGUGUUUUGACCUUUGCUUCCAUCACCGUCCAAACAGACACCUGGCAAAUGCAGGGGAUGACAAACAGCCCCCCGUGAUGCACAGCGAGGUGGACGAGCUGUCUGCAGAAUCCUGAGGAGCUCUGCCAACACUGAGCUGUCAGAAGUCAGCACUGCUGAGGGCGAGACAGUGGCGCGUGGUGAAAUGUGCAGCCAAGGCAGGCGAGGUUGUUCUAAUGAGAGGGGAGCCUGAUUCCACGCAUCUAUUCUUUUGCUGAAGUGACUGGCCUGCAGCCUGGGCUAGAGUCUCUGCGUGGAAAGUGCUAUGUGUUAAUUAGGGACUAGAGCCUGCUGGCUUUUUCUUUACUGAAAAUGUUCAGGAACUCUUUCGCGUCAUCUCCUGCCUGGGUCCUAAGGCCUGCUCUCCGAGUGAGCCGCCCUCCUCCGGGCGCCUUCCCCCGGUGCUCACCCUCAGGUCUCUUGUACUGACCCCGAGCAGCCAGGCAUGGUUCCAAAGUUCUGCAGGUUGAAUUGUUCCUACAGCCUGGGGCGAAUGAAGUGCAAGACCCUCAGGAGACACCCAAUAAAAGAGCCGAGGUGGGGCAGCCAUACCACCUACCAGUGGCCUUGU